AUGCUAAAGCAGGCAUGGAAAAUCAAAAACAGUAAAAAAAUAAAAUUAACCAAUAACAAACCUUAUCAUAGAUCUAGGCCAGCUAAAAAAUUACCCUUCUUAAAUGAUGACACUGAAAAUACUGAAUCCGAAGAUGAAGAUUUCUGUACCGAUGAUUCCGAUGACAAUUAUGGUGGACGACAUCGUAAAAAUCUCAAAAUAACUAAUCAACAAAUAAUAUCAUCAUCAUCCUCUUCUUCAUCAUCAUCAUCAUCGUGUUCGUCUGCAACGUCACCUCAUUCUGAUAAAUAUCAUCAUCAUCAGAAUCAUUCACAUAAUCAACAUCAUAAUCAUCACCAUCACCUGGGACAUGGUAUUAAACGUAAAAAGAUUGAAACUAUUGCGGUGGAUUUGGAUAAUGAUGAUGCCUGCAGUGAAGAUGCCUUCAUACGUAAAAUAGCCAGUGCUCAAAUGCCGGUUGAAAGUUCAACCACAAAUAUGUCCGCUAUUAACACCAGACCGGUACAGUUACAUAAUCAAAGCUCUCAUAUAGCUGCAUCCACUAGCUCAAAAUUUAUUGCCGCCAGUGCUAGAGCUAUGACCAGAGUGGCUCAUAAAAGACAACCGGCCACCCCGCCAAAUAGUGUGGCCACUUCAUCAAAUGGUCGCAUACAAUUGGAAAUUGUUUCACAGCCAGAACAGCAACACAGAGCCAGAUAUCAAACCGAAGGUAGUCGUGGUGCCGUCAAGGAUCGUAGUGGUAAUGGUUUUCCCAUAGUACGUUUAGUGGGCUAUAAUAAGCCCACCUCUUUGCAAGUAUUCAUUGGCACCGACAUUGGCCGUGUUGCUCCACAUAUGUUCUAUCAGGCCUGCAAGGUGGCGGGCAAAAACUCCACGCAAUGUAAUGAAAAGAAAGUCGAUGGUACAGUGGUUAUAGAAAUUGAUUUUAAACCAGAGCAAGAUAUGACUAUAACAUGUGAUUGUGUGGGUAUACUAAAGGAACGCAAUGUCGAUGUUGAACAUCGUUUUCCAGAACAUCUUGCACAAAAGAAUAAAAAGAAAUCAACACGAUGUCGCAUGGUAUUUCGCACGCAAUUAACACACGACGAUGGCACCGUCGAAACACUACAAGUCUGUUCUAAUCCCAUUAUAUGCACUCAACCGCCGGGUGUACCAGAAAUUUGCAAAAAAUCCCUUAACUCUUGCCCAGUCGAUGGUGGUCUGGAAUUAUUUAUAAUCGGUAAAAAUUUUCUCAAAGAUACACAUGUGAUAUUUCAAGAAACCUAUGAAAGUGUCAGUGGCAACAACGAUGAUGAUCUGAAAACAGCCGCUGCAUCAGCAAACGAUAUGUCAAUUAUAGGAGCUGGUCUAUGGGAACAAACAGUGUUGCCCGACAAAGAAUAUUUACAGCAAACCCAUCUAAUAUGCACUGUGCCACCGUAUAUACAUCAAAAUAUAUUAAAACCAGUCACUGUGCAAGUGGCAAUUAUUUCGAGCGGCAAAAAAAGUGAACCCCAUACAUUUGUUUAUACGCCAAAGGGCACCUAUACACCAUUAGCGGCUGCAACUACGCUAAGUAGUACAAAUACAAUACACAGUAGCUUAUCAUCGGCCCAAGAUGGCACUUUUAUGGAUACCACACCUGCCGCAGCAGUGGCAGCGGCCUCCGGCUCGCUCUGGCCUACAACAGAAACUAAACAUGAAAUUGAUGCUGACAUGAUGCCACCACCCAUUACCACACAAAUGCCGAUGGUUGUGAGACGGCCAUCUUUGAAUACUACACAGCCAUUGAUAACGGAACAACAAUUAGUGCAUCUUAAUGCUGUGGUGGCAGCUGAAGCUUUAAAAACUGAACUUUUAGAUGAAACUUCGCAAAACUCUUUGGCUGAUGCUAUACACUCACCCGAAUCUGUGGUGGCGGCUUGCGGUGUGGGAGGACCUCAAAGUCCUACGGCUUUGCAAUAUCAUUCACGUUAUGGUCGCAAGACCAGCAUGGAUGCCAUGAUGUAUGAUAAUAACAGUAUGCAGGGUUUCCCUGUGGCCCCAGCGGCACCCACUACCACACCCAUGGAAGUGGCUGUGGCAGCGGCCGUUGAAAUGGCAGUUAAGAAUGAAAUUGCCAAAGCAGUGUCAGUGGCUAAAGUGGAUAAAUUUAUAACAGAUUUGGCCAAGUCGGCAAAUGUGGCCGAUGCCACGGAUCCAGUGCCAGAACCUUCACUAUUUGGUGUCACCAACAAUGCUGCCAUAGAUCAUGCUCUUACCGAUAUUUUGACUACACCGCAAACCACAGCUGCAGCUGCUGCGGCGGCUGCUGCCGUAGUACUCGAGCGAAGUCUCUCAAAUUCCUCGGCCAGUUCGUCAUCAGCUUCGGGUUCUCCCUUGUCGGGCACUUCUCCUUCCAAUUCACUUACCAGUCACAAUUCACCCAUAACACAAGAUAUUAUCUUGAAUUCCGAACCUUCUGUACAACUAACACCCUCCUUGCCGCUACAACAAUUAAUGCCUACCGGUUCAGCAUCCUCGGUCAGCGUUAAUCCUGAAGUAAGCCAAUCGACCGGUCUAUCCACCGACAUCAUUAUGAACCCCUCCGUCUCGCCUUCCACUAUACUGUGUUCGGACAAUGGGGCUGCCACAGCGGUGGUGCCGAAUAUUAUGGCUCCACAUCAGGUCACCAUGGCCAAUUCCAUACUCAACGAUAUUGCCAUGCAAGCUCAACCCACACAACAAGAUGCUGCUGUGGCAGCGUUGGCCUUAAGCAACAUCAUAAUGACACCGCCCAGUGAUACAACAGUUGCAGUUCCACCCACCCCUUCAUCUAUGCAACCCGAAGUUACCACCGCCACCUCGACGGCCGUUAGUAAUAUGAUCAUUAAAGCAGCAGCCGAUUUUAUAUCCAAUCAAGAACAACAGACCCAACAUCAUCAUCAUUGUCACAGCAAUCAUCAAACGCAUCAGUCACAGCAGCAACAGCAAAUAAUGUCAUCGCAGACUGUUAAUGCGGAUCCAUUGUCGUGUAAUCCUUUGAAUUUGUUAUUAAAUCACUCGGAUGUGUCACCCAAUACACAGACCAAUGUUACGGCCGCCAAUGCUGUUAAUGUCAAUGAAAAUGUGUCAUCACAGUUCCCCGCCUUAGGCAUAACAACACCACCCCAAGAAUCUCUGAUUGUUGCACUGGCCACAGAAAAUGCCCUACAGAAAUCUGUAGCAGCGGCGGCUAUAACCACCAACGGAGCCGUAGUUACCCAAGAAAGACCAGCACCACCCACACCCAAUCUACAUCCAGUGGCGGCGGCAGCAGUUGGAGCCGUAGCAGCUGCUGCAGCAGCAGCUGUUGCUCCACUAGCACCAAUACCCCAAGACUUGACCACUAUGUCGGAUCAGGAUCUUUUAAGCUACAUAAAUCCCAGUACAUUUGAUCAAGUAGUGUCUUUUUUUAAUUGCAGUCUAAGAGAUGAGAAUCACAGUAAUUUGUUCUACAACAACAACAAUAAUAAUCAAGAGGACCAAUAUCAUCGUAAUAAUUGACCUGAAAGAAAAAGAAAAGUUAAAAAGGGGAAAAAAUCACAAAAGAAACU